UGCCUUUCGUUGGGACCAACGCAAGGCGGUGCGCGCCCCGCGCGCUUCGAAGUUUGUUAUGCUGCGCGCAGAACGUCUAAAACUCGCCCACGUGUCAUGUCGUCCUCUACCUAGCCGCUUCAGCUCUUCCCCGCCUUCUCGCCGGCCGGAUUCCCCACCCUCCCUAUCCUGCCUACUCUACCUAUCUACCUCCCUCCUCUCCCACGACCCUCUUCUCCCUGGCUUGUGAGACCUCUCCUCGCCUCUCAGCCCUUGGCAACGUCUAGCUAGAGAACCAGUGGGCGUAGAGUUGUUCUUCUUGUGUUGUCCCUCUUCCCGACAGCGUCCACGUGUCGUGUCGUGGUUGUCUGUCAGGCAAAGCAUUUGAGCUCGCCUGGUUUGUCGGUCGGUUCACCUCUCUUCGCAGUCCCGAUCGCGAUCGCAGUCGUCUCUCGCCGCCGCCAUUCACAUGAGGAUCAGCUAUCCUUGAUUGACGGUCCUUGACAAAUUGCUGCUACAUCCUUCUGCUUGAACGUACGGCCGAGAUUCUUUGUUCUGCCUUUUAGAAGCUUCAUCACCAUCUCCACGGUCUCCAGACUCUCUCCACUUCAUCGUGUGUCCGUCCUGAGUAUACCUGCCUGUCUGCUUUUGCCUCCUCUCUGCAUUUCUCUGUUUGCGUCUCUUCUGUGAGGUUGGCUGUCUUGCGUGGGUCGCGCUGUGUCAGUAGUGAAUCGUGCCCUCCCAGAGCAUUCUCAGUUGCGCUGCUGGUUGGGCUUUCUCCAUAUCCGCCGUCUGUUUGAGCUGAUAUGUUACAUUCCAGUACCUGUUUGCCUCCCUCUGCCUGCUUCAUCCUCCCUCGUCCCUCUUCCCUCCCCUCGUGGUCAGACCCCCCGCGCUAGUGUAGUCCAGUUCUGUUUCUCUCUUCUCUGCGCCGGAUCAUCGUCUGAGUCCAGUUCUGUUUCUCUAUUCCCGGCGCCGAAUCAUCGUCUGGCGGGAACUCUGUGUCUGCGCCGCACUUUGACUCAGGGCGUACUCGCACCAGCUCUAUUUUUUUUUGUAUCUGACCUCAUUUACGUCUGGACCUGGAUGCAUCUGACCGCAAUUACGUCCAUAUACGAGUAGAUAAGUCCUAAAGUUGGAGGAGGGGCUACCGCCGUGAGAGAGCGCCAUCGUUGAUCUCUAUUCUCUGUCUUCUCUCGUUCUCUCUGUCUACAGGUCGUUGCUUGUCAAGUGUCUGCCGUCCCCCAUACUUCCUGCUCAAGGCUUGUGUUGGACACCUGGAACGCUAUCCCUCUUCCCCUUCCGAUGAUUCCCUGAGUGACAGGAAGAAGAACUGGAGAAGUGGAGAACUGGACCCAUCCCCCUGCGUAAGAAGACCUGGACAGGGAGGGGAAGGGAGUGUUGUGGGCGACACGUGGGACGUUGUCAUCAUUCGCGCGUGUGCGGCAUUAAGCGUCGCUCGACGUUUCAAAUUUUGGUCGCGCCUCAGAAGAUGGCCGUUGUAAAAGCUCCUGCUACCUGUUGCCAAUGUCUGCUGCCGUUGGUCUGAUCAAGCGAGAGAUUGACUCGUUAUUACGCAGCAAAAAAAUCGGAGUGACGCUUUUGAUCGAAAUACAAGAGAGAACUGGUUGAUUGGCCAACGGAGUUUUAUUUUGUGGUGAACAGUCAAAUGGCAACGGCUAACUAAGUAAUUGGCAAUAGAGAGGGGAGGGGUAGGAGAAGGAGGUGGGAAGGAGGAAGGAGAAUCACGCAGGCGCAUACUUGGGACGAGACGAUCAAUCCUUUUUUGCCAUUCAGCAUAUCUACCGAGGGCCCGAUCUUUUGUUGCGGAUUUCAACAUCGACUCACCUGCAAGCCCUCCUCCUCUUCCCUCCCUUCCUCGCCCCUCCCGUUCUCCUGUCGUCUCACCGUGAUGAUGGGAAUGACCUUGUCAUCUUCAGCGAAGGGAAUUUACCUGACAGCCGCUUCUCGGCCUGUCGCUCCAUACAGCCCUUAUCUCUUUUUGCGUGUCGAGAGACACUACCCGUACCACGUGGACCAGAUCCGUGCCACGUGGGCGAGGUGGACGUUCUCUCUCAAGAUAGGGGCGAGAGAGAAACUGGGUAGAGAGGCGCCGUUCUGGGAGAGAACGGCCCUCUGGAUCGAGGAGAUGCCUGAGAAGCGGCGCUCCAAACUCUUCAAUGCAGUGGCGGGAGCUGGCGCAGGUGCUAUUGCUGCGACGGUUGUCUGUCCAUUGGAUGUGGUGAAAACGCGACUGCAAGUCCGGCCCCAGCCAUCUCCGAUUCCGGGCGCUCGAUUUGGAGGUGUCAUUGUGGAGAACUUGAGCGAUAUUCUGAGAACAGAAGGAUUUCGCGGUCUAUACAGAGGGUUGUCCCCAACUGUCCUGGCUCUUCUUCCAAAUUGGGCGGUGUAUUUUACUGUGUAUGAGCAGUUGAAAAGACGACUUCAGGAUGACAAGCGCUCACCCAUUCAAUUGCACGUCACGGCAGCAGCUGGUGCGGGUGCGACUACGCAACUUUUGACAAAUCCGCUAUGGGUUGUGAAAACCAGGCUUCAGACUCAGCAAUUCCGCCCGUCACAAGAACCUUAUACAGGCACAUUUUCAGCGCUUGUUCGCGUGGCAAGGGAGGAAGGUUUGGUAGGGUUGUACAGUGGCUUUCUUCCUGCAUUGGCAGGAAUUACUCAUGUCUGCAUUCAGUUUCCUAUCUAUGAGUAUUUGAAGCAGCGCCUUGCAGAGAAGAGUCAGGUGGCUGUGGGCGAACUUAGCGUGCAACAGCUUGCUUUGGCGUCAUCUGCAUCAAAGGUUGUUGCGUCUACUCUUACUUAUCCCCAUGAGGUUGUGAGGUCUAGAUUGCAAGAGCAGACCCGAGCCUCAGGGGAACCCCUCAAGUAUACAGGAGUGAUGGACUGCCUCAGAAAGACAUACAAAGAGGAGGGACCUCGCGGUUUUUAUCGAGGCUGUGGUACGAACUUGUUCCGGACAACUCCGGCUGCUGUGGUGACGUUCACGAGUUUUGAAAUGAUAAUGAGACGCCUUCAUAACUGGUAUCCAUCUUCUCAGUCCAGAGUGGAAUCGUCCCCGCCAAACCCAACCGUUUCACCCCCGUCUUCGCGUAAAGGGGAGCUCGAGAUCCAGCGGCACAAUCUCAUGGGCGCAAAGGUGACUCCGUUGGGGUUUGCUCGGCACGAGGUUCAAUCCAUUCCUGUCUCUACGAGGGUAUCAUAACGGACAUGGGAAUGAUGAACGGAAUCCGACAAUUAUGAGAUACUUGUUGUUCAACGCAAACGCAGGCGCAGCGAGCCCUGCCUGUCCUCGUUAAUCUCCCACUUCCAACUGAGCAGGGCCUUUGGAAGAGUCAACUGGCAUCAGGUAACGGCGCAUCACCGGGCACUAAGAAUAGGACUUGAUGGCAGCGAGAGGUGUUCGUGGAUUAGCUGCUGCUCGAAUGCCAACAUCGUCGACGUGCAGUGUAGGUGAGUGAACCCUGAAACCCCGUGUGGCAUAAACCCGUCCAUGAAUGUAUGUAAGAAAGAAAAAUGCCCAAACAUCAGAAUGCGAUCUGUGUACUUUGGCGGCUCACACAAGGCGGGGGUCCACCUGUCCUGGGCCCAUCGGUAGCUACCGCCUUCCCCCGAAUAGAACGUAUGGUCAUUAUGUCUGUAUUUGGCCCAAUUUCCAGUCCCGAUGCAGCGACAAUGACAGUACGUUGCAGCGUAUCCCUAGUGUUUCCCCACAGGGGCUUUUUGAAAGAGUCGCCCAGAGAAACGAAUAAUGGUGCGUCCACAACGAGUAACCGUAGUAGUAUUUGGAGGUAAAAAGCGUGGCGCAGGUGGUAGAAUGGUCGACGAAAAGCACAAAGACAUUGGACUUGUCUUCGCCGGAUUGGGGAGGAUGCACAGGGGAGGUGGAUGAUGGUAGUUCAGCAUGGGCUGUUUCCGCAGUUGUGAAACGACUGUAGGAAUGCCGGAGUACGACAGCACGAUGGCACGCGUUUCGUAGGCUUCCCCCGGCAACAGAUCGCCAAGCUUGCAGGAUGUAACUCUUCAUGGACCUGUGGCACGCGGCGCGGGCUUAUGGAUUGGUGUAUGAUGACGUGUGUGUACCUCUGAAUGGACUUUGCUGGGGAUCACAAUGGGACACAGUAGGACAUCAUGUGCUGUGGAUCACAGUGGGACAAAGCAGAUCCCAAGGCGCUGUGUACUUUGGUUGUGCGAGGACACCUGUAUCAUCUCAGUAGCAGCGGUAGCUGGCGUUCAUGACUAUGGUGUGUGCACCACCUAUGCUCCUCCUCCUCUGGUACUUUGAAAAAGUCUGAAUCGAGUUGUCUGGUUCCGACCGACGAUGCAAGGCCCGUUUUUUUUCUGGCCCUCCUGCUGGAGUGUGAAGAAGUUUUGUAAAGAGCUGCAGCCAGA